AUCGAUUUAUGGAGAGCGAGCGACAAGGUAACAGCUAUCAGAAGAAGGUUAUUUAUUUAUUUUUUAAAUACGUAUGUGGUAACAGGCAUCGUUGAGUUUUCAUUUGCAUAUUUUAAAUACAUAAACGCAUGUGUUGAACACGGAGUCGUUGUAUAUAGCGACAGGAGAAGAUAAAUCUUACUGCCGAAAAAGGGCUGCUUGCCCCGCACUGGGCACCAGUAGUGGAGAAAGGAAGAGCCGAGAAGAACAGACUGGUCACUUGGGGCUCCGAGCAGAUCGGCGGACCAAGUGUAGGAACGCUGAUUGAGCCUGACAUAUAUAUAUAUAUAUAAUAUAAAAAAGAAAACAGGAAGACAGGAAGACAUUUUGAGCCUUCAAGCCCCUUGCAUCAUUGAUUUUUCUGGAGAUGGAGGAGAUUAUUCUUAACAGAAUUUAUGUCCAGUCCGAGUAAAAUAAAGUGCAAAAUGGACAAAUUCUUGCCAGUAGAAGGUGACCUGGAACAAGAACAAUCUGUAAAUUCAAUGCAAAAAGUCAACAGUCUAACGUCACUCUGUAUCAAAGCGGAACCUGUCUCUGAGGGAUCUGAAUACGUAAAAGAAGAGCUUCAUCUGAAGUGUGCGCAAAUUAAACAAGAGCUCUGUGAGGUUGAACUGUCCUCUGAUAAACUUUGGAAUCCAGGUGAGCGUUUCCCUUCUCCUGUACCUGUUAAGAGUGAGCAGUCAGAAGACCUCUUUCCAACGUGUCAGAUAGUUCACAAAGAGGAAGAGAGUGUUUUCCCCGAGGGAACAACAACUUUUCAACUGACUGAUAAUAAUUUUCAAACUGUUUUUUGGUGCACUGAAUGCGGGAAGGGCUUCAAUUGGGUAAGUAGCUUGAGAGACCACCAGAGAAUUCACACUGGGGAGAAGCCGUAUGACUGUAGUGAAUGUGGGAAGAAGUUCAGUACAUCCAGUAGCUUAAAAACCCAUCGUAGACUCCACACUGGGGAGAGGCCUUACAGCUGCACUGAAUGUGGUAAGAGCUUCAUCGCAUCCAACUACUUAAAAUCACACCAGAGAAUACACACUGGAGAAAAACCCUACAACUGUGUCGAAUGUGGGAAGAACUUCAGUGCCUCCUCUCACCUAAAAUCACACCAGAUGACUCACACAGGGGUGAAGCCUUACGUUUGUACCGAAUGUGGGAAAAGCUUCUCUCGGUUAAACAUACUUAAGAAACACCAGAUCAGUCAUGCCGGAGACCAUUUAUACACAUGCGGUGAGUGUGGGAAAAGCUGUAUUACAUCAGAAGAAUUAGAAUCACACCGGAGGAUUCACACAGGAGAGAAGCCAUACAUCUGUGAAGAAUGUGGGAAAAGCUUUCACUUCAUGUUGAACUUAAAGAAGCACCAGAAAAUUCACAGCGGCGAGAAGCCAUACAGCUGUGCCGACUGCGGCAAGAGAUUUUGGGUCCCGCGAGAUUUAAGAACACACCAGAGAAUUCACACCGGAGAGAGACCAUAUAGCUGCGUGGAAUGCGGGAAGACCUUUAGACUAUAUAUUUGCUUGAAAAGACACCAGCAGAUUCACACCGGGGUGAAGCCGUUCAGCUGUGCCGACUGUGGGAAGAGCUGUAUUACGUCUGGUGAGCUGAAAUCGCACCAGAGAAUUCACACAGGGGAGAAGCCUUACAGCUGUGGUGAAUGUGGGCGAAAUUUCAGUCAGCUAGGAAAUCUUCGGUCACACCAGAGAAUUCACACCGGAGAGCGGCCGUACAUUUGUCCCGAGUGUGGGAAAAACUUCAAACAUUUAUUUAGCCUGAAAGGCCACCAGAUGAUUCAUGCCAGAAAUAAACAGUGCACUAGUGGAAAGACAAUUCAGCGGGGAAAAACUAUAUAGUGUACCAUGUG